AUGACGGUUGCUGUUGGCACCACGUGGGAUCUUUCUGACCUGAUCUUUCUCUCAGUCAUCCCGGUGCAACUCGGGGCGGAGCUAUUGGAGAUCCCACAGCAGAUGUUCUCCAUGAUGGAAGAUACACCUUAUCUCCAGGCUGCAGAGAAGGAUUUAGACUGGGAAAGCAGCUCCAAUCGUGGAGGCUGGCGUUUGCCCCCUGAGCGAACACCCAGCCUGGUGAGAGAAGGAGUGUUUGUGGUUUCCUCUUCCCCACGACUUCCGAAUGCUGCUGUGGAGGGAACAAAUAACUGUGAAGUUACCAGCCCACUGGGGCUGCCCCUGCGGCAGGGGAACACGGUCCGAGGCUUCCGCCCGCUGCCUGCAGGGAGCCCUGAAAGCCUGGAGAUGUAUGUGUUUAACUUGACAUCGCUUACCGAGUCUGAAAACGUCUUGUUGGCUUCGGUGUAUUAUUAUAUUGGUGAUCUGCUGCAAGCUCAGGGGAACUGUUCACAGUCCAGAAACUGUUCUCGCCAUGGGCGCAGGAAAUCUGAAAUUCAGAUUCAUCUUUCAGUUUGGACCUUUCCUUCUGUGGGGAACCGGACUCGGAGCCUGGGACGUUUCCUCAUAAAUGUCUCCACUGCUUACCAGGACAUCCGGUCCUGGCAGUGGAAGGAUAUCACUCAGCUCCUCCAUGCAGCAAAAAAAGGCAAUGAACUGCUGAUCGGUGUCAAAAUGGAUCUGACCAGCCAUCAGCCCUGGAAAAGGGCACCUUCUCGCUAUGAGCCCUACAUUCUGAUUUAUGCCAACGAUUCGGCUAUUUCAGAGCCAGACAGUGUUGUCUCUAGUUUGCAAGGGCACCGUCAUCCUCUGGCCAGGGUCUUGCCCAGGCCAGAAGACCACGGGAGGAGCAGCCUCGGGAAGCGGCGUCGAAAACGCUCCGCGAACGCCCUGUUGCCGUUGCAGAAUAAUGAGCUCCCAGGAGCGGAGUACCAGUACAAUGAGGAUGAGAGAUGGGAAGACAGAAAGCCCUACAAAACCUUCCAGCCACAACUAGCAGAGAGGGCAAAGAGUAAGAAAAAGCAGAGGAAGAAUCAUCACCAGAAGAGCCAGACUCUCCGGUUUGAUGAGCAAACGCUGAAGAAGGCGAGGAGGAAGCAGUGGAAUGAGCCAAGGUAUUGUGCCCGGCGCUAUCUCAAGGUGGAUUUUGCAGAUAUUGGCUGGAGCGAGUGGAUUAUUUCACCUAAAUCCUUCGAUGCCUAUUACUGCUCAGGCGAAUGCCAGUUCCCAAUUCCAAAGUCCUUGAAGCCGUCCAACCAUGCCACCAUACAGAGCAUAGUGCGAGCCGUCGGCAUCAUCCCGGGCAUUCCGGAGCCUUGCUGCGUUCCUGACAAAAUGUCGUCUCUCAGUAUCUUAUUCUUUGAUGAAAACAAAAACGUGGUUCUUAAGGUAUACCCAAACAUGACAGUGGAAUCCUGUGCUUGCAGAUAA